AUGGAGACCAGUCUCUUUGAAAAUCUCCGACUUCCGUCGGUUCCGCUUCCAGUAAGCAACGCAACCCAUACAUAUCAGUCGCCUGUGCCGACGAAAGUGCUCGAGUCGCCCGACGAGCCGGUGAUCUUGGGAGUUGACGAGGCGGGAAGAGGCCCUGUUUUGGGACCUAUGGUUUAUGGAAUCGCGUACUGUUUGAAAGAAUAUACCAGUGAUCUUAAGUCUGUGUAUGGAUUUGCAGACUCCAAGACCCUCACAGUGGAACGAAGAGACCAGCUGAUGAAAUCCAUCAUCGAGCCAGACGGAGACCUGUGUCAGAACGUGGGAUGGGCCACCACCACAAUGACCGCGCGAGACAUUUCGAGCGAAAUGCUCAAGCCAAGGCUAAUUGGCAAUAUUAACCUCAACGAGCAAGCGCACGAGGCGACGAUCAAGCUGAUUCAGGGGGUUCUAGACCAGCAAGUCAAUUUGAAAGAAGUUUACGUGGACACUGUUGGGCCUCCAGACUCGUACCAGCGCAAACUAAGCAGCAGAUUCCCUGGUGUCAAAGUGACGGUGACCAAAAAGGCCGACAGUUUGUUCCCUAUCGUGUCGACCGCGUCCAUUGUGGCCAAAGUGACCAGAGACUGCAGUUUAUACCAUCUGGCCGACGGAACAGACUGGGGGUCCGGGUACCCCUCCGACCCACGCACGUCGCAAUGGCUCAACUCGAACGUGCAUCCCGUGUUUGGCUGGAACUCCAUGGUGCGCUUUUCAUGGCAAACCUCGCGCGACGCUCUGGUCAAAAGCGGUGCUGUUCCGAUGGUCCUGCUGCUGGGAAGUCGUAUUUUGUAA